AUGCUCCCGGGCGGGGUCACGACUGAGUUUGUGGACGACUGGGUUGCACAAGGCCUAUUCACAACAGACAAAAUACUGGAGAGAUUCCCGACGCGAAGGAAUAAAUACAACAUCAACACAAAGCGUGUGGAAGCGAGUUUCAACUCCGUUGCUAUCGAAGACGAGACCGGGACAAAACACAUCGACGAAAGGGGAUUUAUCAAGCUUCUCACCAUUUCAAAUGCGCUCCCAAAACACCUAAUGGACCUAGGUCCCAUUGUAUUUCAAAGUGUGCAGUAUCUUUCGAUAUAUCCAUUUCGCCAUGAGCCCCCCGCGGCACUCACCUUGAGCGAGUUGACUCGAGGACUCCUCUGGCUGAUGCCAUAUGACAAGGGAGUCAUUUUCAAAUCCUGGGGAGGUGGCUGGUGUGAGUUCAGUCCAGCAGACCACAGAAGACUCAUUUUCCAAAGCCUAGCGACAGAACGGGAUGGCUACAAGUUGCCUUAUGACGCUGACGAAUGGAGAAGAGAGGCACGCCGUCGCGCGUAUGAGUUGCCCGACGAUAAGAUCAAAUCAACACUUCCCGAACUAGGGGACCCAAAUUACGAUGAUUGGGGAGAUGAGCUGUACCACGAUCUUCUCAGUGUAGUGAUGACUGCACAGCCUAAGAGAAACCUUCCUCUAGCUGGGGAGCCGCGCGACGCUUUUCGCCCUUUGGCGUCGCGACUCCAUGGACAUGAACCUCCUCGGCUUUAUGAGUUCACCAUUCCAGCUCCCAGGAUGCGAGACUUUGUGCGACUCAUGUUGUACCACACUUUUGGAGUCUCCGAAUCUGCUUCUUUGAUGGAUACCUGCGAGCUUGACCAGGUUGCUGACUGUGUAACUCGGACAUUUGUGCAAAACUCCGAUGUUGGGAUCAACUGGCCAAUGUUCGAUGAGGGUUGUAGGGCUGCGGUACGUGAAUUGCUCGAAAUUGGUAAUCUUUGCUUGAUAAAAACCGAGGAGACUGAUGUCACGAUGCAGCCAUUUCUUCUAGAUGCUUUGCACGAUGUUAUGAGCUCUUUUUGGACAGGACCAUCUCGUCUCGAGGGGGGUGUCCUGGAGUGUAUGCGUCAUCCUGGGAAAUUAUUCAAACCCCCUAUUCUCGCGCAACUUAACACGAUCUUCAAAGAUGAUCAAAUUCUUUGGUUCGAAUGUUUCAAAUACUUCUGGCUCCAUGAUAACCAACAUCACCUGGCCAGCAUAUCAGAACUAGUAGCAACGAUCGAGGGAUCGGAGGAUCGACUUCUCAUUCUUGUGUCUGGAAGAGACACUAGAACCCAAGAACACUAUCUCCUGGGCAUUUUUAUCCCAUUUCCAAGUCGAGACGGUCAUCGAAUCCAGCCGAAGCAAGAAAAAGACUGGACAAUAUGUUCCCUCUUCCAGCUCAGCCCUGUCCAAAGUGUUUUCGAGGGGAGCUUAGAAUGUCCUGCAUGGACGCUUAGUGGGGAGGAAAUCUCUUUUGGAGACCCAGAAAAUGGAGUUGCUCUGGUCCUGAAGAAGGGUCUUUCGCAGGCCUCAUUUACCCAAAGCGUGAAAGGCCCGAAUGAACCAAUCUAUAAGCCGGCUCCCUGGCGAGGCGGCUUUUCUAUAGACUUGGAAAUGGAUGGAAUUGAGAUCUGCUACGAAGAUAGUAGCAUCUCCACAGAGGAGACGACUGAUUCUGACCGGAAGGAUUGCGGAUCCGAAACUAUGGAGUACUGA